CUGCUCACUAUAUCCCUACAAAAAAGCGGGGCAGCUAAGAGCUUUUAUUUAUUAGGCCUGCCCUUAAAACCUGAUUACACGUCAAGUCAGAAGAUGAAUACCGGGUGUUUUCAUGGACCAAGUUGUCUUUUGUGAUAGGCCAUGGCCAACGCAGUGUUAAAUGGUGGACCGUGGUACCCAUGUUCGCAAUACCACAUUUUUUCACGUGUAAAGGCCGGCGGCGGUGGAGAAUAGAUCCCAUGGACCGAGCAAUAUGCCUGGAGCACCGAACUUCAAGGAUCAAGCUGUUGUCGAGCUGGGCAAAUACCGAAGCAGGGCAUUAAGGACUAUCUUUUGUCGGAGUUGGUCGAGUACACGUAGUGAAGAUGUUUCCAGCUGAUGGGAAGAUCUGCACGACAACACGUAACUUUACUUUGAAUUCUGUGGUCGGUAAGCAAUUCAGCUUCCUUUUGUGUCGAAUCGAAGAUCGCGCGGGAAAACACUGGCGCGUCUGGAAACUACGAAAAUUCUUGGAACAUUCAUCACUGAGGUACUUAUAUAUUCACGACCUGUUUUAUGGCUUUCUCUUCUUCUUCUCUGCCUUCGUCCAUCCUUUAGCUCUCAUGAUGGAUUUGACCACCAAGCCUAGCGCAAAGAACGGUGCAAGCAAACCUGGUCCAGGAAACGAUUCCUCUGGAUUCAAGGCCAAAUCAUCACCCAGCGCUGCAUCCGAAUUGGUGUCUGCCUCCACUACGAAGAAGCCCGGUCAACCUAAAAUGGCUGCUCGGCGGCCUCAGAACCAGCUCCCCGUCACUCCACGACUCAUCUCCAAAGCCGCUCGACCGUCCGAAUCCCAGCCACCAGAGGUGCACCAGAUUUCCUCUACAGAAUCUUCCCCAAAGGAUACCACCAGCGAACUUCCUUCAGACUGGGAGGCGAAAGUGGGCAUGAGCGCGCGCACCUUGUGGUCUCAGUAUAGCGACAACAAGGGCAUGGUCCCUGUGAACAAGGGAAAUAGGGCCGCGGACAACGUCUCGGUAAAGAUUGAUGAUGUUGAUGGGUUCCUCUCGUCGACUCCCAUCCAGGCAGGUCCAUCAGCUGAGCUUCAGUUCGGUUCAGCUCAGCUCCUCAGCCACCCAACCAUGGAAGCACAAGGUGAUACGUCCGAAAACCAAGAUUCUGAGGCAUCUGCCGACCUCAUCGCCACCCUCGAGAACGAAAACCGUGCUCUUUUGGAUACGAUUAUGGAGCUGCGCAACUCGAAUAACCACAUCAACGAACAACGCCGCAAGGUGGGUAUGGCCGAGUACAUGUAUAUCCAUCUCCAGCUGCUCCAGCUGCAGCGCUCCAUCACCAAUUUCGAGAACCGCAAGAUCUCGAUGGACAAAUUGGUGAAUACAUUCAAGCAGCAUUUGCGCGAGCUGGAGAACAUCGGGAACAAAUUUUUAGAGGAUAUUCCAGAAAACUUUGGUCGUACUGAAUUUGAUGAGAUGUUUUCGGGUGUAAAGAGGGAGUCGGAGUCUAUCGACCUUGAACUAGAGGCGCCCCCGGCCAAAAAGUUCAGACCCACAAACAGUGCUUACAUGGCCAAGGGUAGGCAGGCGCAAUAG